UUCCAACACUCAAAUCUGAUCAUAAUCAGAGCUAAGAAUCAGUGCGACGUAGAAAUUACGCGGGAAAAGAAAAGAUGCAGAUCUUCGUCAAAACCCUUACCGGAGAAUCUGGAAAAUCAACAAUCACGCUUGAUGUUGAGAGCUGCGACAGCAUCGACCAUGUCAAGGCCGCGAUUCAGGAUAGAGAAGGUAUCCCGCCUGGCCAGCAGAGGCUCAUAUUUGCUGGUAAACAAUUGGAAGAUGGUAGAACUUUGGCAGACUACAAUGUCCAGAAAGAUUUAACUCUUUACCUUCUUUUGAGGCUCCGUGGAGGAACAAUGAUCAAGGUCAAAACCCUUACCGGAAAAGAAAUUGAGAUUGAUAUCGAACCUACUGAUACCAUUGACCGGAUUAAGGAACGAGUGGAGGAGAAAGAAGGAAUUCCUCCAGUGCAGCAAAGGUUGAUCUACGCGGGGAAACAGCUUGGAGACGACAAAACUGCGAAGGACUACAACAUCGAGGGUGGCUCUGUUCUUCACCUUGUUCUUGCGUUGAGGGGUGGUAGCCACUGAGGGUUCGAUUUCACGUGCCAACGAGACGACACCUAAAUCGCUCUAGACACCACCUUGAACUAUUGUACUUAUGUUUUUUUGGGUAUUCCUAAGAUAUCCUGAUAACUCUUGUCGUGGUUGUGGGAUGAUCCACUAAUUGCAAUUUUAAGGGUGUUUUGUUGUUGUGUUUGCUA